AUGGGGAUUUACUACGAAUCAUACCCAAACGUUUCGGAAUGGUACGCAAGCUUCGUCGCCUUUAACGAGUCCCGGGAUGGAAAACUUCCACUAGCCGACCUUACAAACAGCGACAUCAAAUUAUUAAACACAAUCGCCAGCGUUCUGUUGAUGUUCGCGAUGGGUCUCGCCUCUGACGUCAAUGUUUUUCUGAAAGUGAUCAAGAACAUUCCGCUCUGCAUAACCGGUGCAUUGACGCAAUUUAUAAUUAUGCCGCUGAUUGGAAUCGCUUUUCUGCAGAUUUUUCAAUUUCAUCAAUUAGAGGCACUUGCGAUUUUUCUAUUCAUGUCUUCCCCCGGCGGUGGAAACUCGAAUUUGAUGGCUUUCUACAUGGACCUAAAUCUCGAGCUUUCUUUGACUCUCACAACCCUAACGACUAUCCUCGCUUUAGGAUUCAUGCCGGCUUUCAUGGAGCUUCUGCCAUUCCUCGUUGAUAUUGGAGACAACGAAGACCUUCUCAAAAUUCCAUUCGAUGCAAUUGGCGAAAACCUCGGAAUCUUGUGUGGCGCGCUCAUCGGCGCCAUGAUCAUAAGCUACUGGAAACAAGAAUUGGCAGCGAAGGCGUCAAAAAUCAUCACUCCGAUUGUAUACCCUUAUGUCAUCUGCUGUUCUGUUAUUUCUCUUUUGAAGUUUUUCCCUUUCGGCGUCAUGACGAAAAAUAUCCUCAUCUUUGCAUUCCUCAAUGGCCCAAUUGGCGGCCUCUUCUCCUACAUCGUCUCCUACCCACUGGGUCUUGCUUCAAACAAACUGCAGGCGAGGAAAAGCAAACUUGCCAAAUGCUGCGGAAGUGACGAAAAAGUGACGUGGAGGGACUUUCACACGAUCGCCAUCGAAACUGGCAAUCAAAAUGCCGUUGUUAGUCAGUUAAUAAUGCUCUCAGCGUAUACUUCGGAGACUCCAUCUCUAAUGGAGACUUAUUAUUUGGGCUUCAUCGUUCCCUUCCCAAUCUUCAUGGUUCUCAUCGGACAAGCUGAAACAAUCUUCAUUCUUCUGACCUUCUUCGUCACGAAGUUCUUCAAGAACCGCGGAAAAAUCGAGAGCUCAGAAAAACUGAAGAAAUUUGAAGACCUUGAAUCACAAAAGAAGAUGGAAGAAAAAGGACAAGAUAAUUUAGCAUUUGACAAUGACGAAACUCACUUUUAG